AUGGCCGAUGGACAUGUAGUAAAGGGAGCUCUCUACUGCAUUGCUGGAGACAACCUGGGUUCUCACACCCUUGGUGGUUUUACAGAAAAUUUCAGUUCAUCUGAGUACUUCUGCAGGUAUUGUCUGAUUUCUCGAACUGCAUUUGAGGGUGCUGAUCCAAACGUUUGUGGACAGGCGCGGACCCCAGAAACAUACAGAGCUGCCAUUGAUCAGCUUGAGACAGAGGGGGUUCUACAGCAACACCACAGAGAUAGCAAAAAGGUGGUGGCCACACAUCCAAAGUCUCUUCAAUAUGUGAUUGAUGGUGAUAUUAUUGGACUUGGGUAUCAUUCCCUGGUAAAGCAACUCCAGGUAAGAGUUGAAAAUGUCAAACGAUCGGACACACCAAAGAUAAAGAAACGCAAAAUACGUAAGGAGAUAAAUGCAGGUGCAAGCAUUCAGAAAUUAUCCCAGGAAUGGCCAUUUUUGUUUAAGGAAGUCGGUAUGGUAGCACACUUUCAGGAACUGACUGGUGUGCAUUUGAUUGAGUUUUUCCUUGCCAACGUGGACAGAAAGGGAGCACGUCUCUUAAACUUCUUCAAAUGUGUCGAUGCACAUGAACACAAACAAGUUCUGGAUGCUCUUCUCAAGCAGCAAACUGAAAGAGGUCAGUCCACUUGUUGCUCAGAGGAAAUCAUACAGAUGGUGCUACUUCUACUGGCUCAUUUUGAUGAGAAGGAAGAGCAUCUAUUCCACUUUGUUGAGAAGAUGAGCCUUGCUGAGGAAGUUCAGAUGGAGAAUGUGCCACCAACACCCUGUCUUAUUGUGUGUGGUAAGUAAACUGAACAAAACCUGCAAGCUUUCACUACUGCAGUACAAACAUGUACUAUUGGCCUGUUUACUUUCAUGUUAUCU